GGCGGUACCAGGCUGAGCCAGAGCAGGGAAGCAUCAACAACGCGGAGACGAGGUAUUCGACGCGAUGCGCAGUACACUACAGAAGAAGCAUCCGAUUGCUCUGUAGCCCUCCAAAUGUUCUCUAUUCUCUAUUGUCUAGGGAAGAGAGAGAGAGAGAGGAGCAGGAGGGGGAAGAGUGAAAGAGCGAAAGAGCGCGUGUCACAAAACCUGAACAGUCGUAGUGCUCCCGCCCGCGCUCUUCCUUCCUCUGCUACCUUCUCAUCAGAGACCUCUACCUACCUACCUGCCUGCCUACGUACCUGCCCAGUGUAUUAUUGCGUGCACGUUCACGGCUCUAUUCAAGGCAACAGACGCCGAGGGCCAGAAGGGGAGAGAGAGGAGUUAGGUUUUCCUUGUUGUUGAGUGUAGAGCGCAACCCGAGCUUGUGAGUGCUCCAGCGAGGUGGCUCCUUCUCCCUCGUGUGGACACGUGUUCAUCUCUUACAGCAGCUGCGGCAUCAUCUGUCGAAGAGCGAGAGAGGAGGAGAGGAGAGGAGAGCAGAGUUAUUCACGAUGGCGGAUUCCUUCAACGGCGAUGAGACUGCCCCCUUCUUUGGCUUUCUGGGCGCGUCUUCUGCCCUAGUGUUUGCGUGCAUGGGAGCAGCCUAUGGAACUGCCAAGAGUGGUGUUGGUGUGGCAUCGAUGGGUGUCAUGCGCCCUGAGCUAGUGAUGAAAUCCAUCGUGCCUGUGGUCAUGGCAGGAGUUCUCGGUAUUUACGGUCUGAUUAUUGCAGUCAUCAUCUCGACGGGUAUCAAUCCCAAGGCCAAGGCGUACUAUCUGUUCGAUGGCUAUGCACAUUUGUCCUCCGGGUUGGCCUGCGGUCUGGCAGGUCUCUCUGCCGGCAUGGCAAUUGGAAUCGUCGGUGAUGCGGGAGUGAGAGCCAACGCGCAACAACCCAAGCUGUUCGUUGGAAUGAUUCUAAUCCUCAUUUUCGCUGAAGCGCUGGCCUUGUACGGGCUCAUCGUCGGUAUUAUCCUGUCGUCUCGUGCUGGUCAAUCUCGAGGCUAAACGGGGGAGGAGAGGGGUUAUGGUAAGAAGAAUAACAAUGGGAGCUGUCGCUGAAUGAUUGAAUGAGUUAGUGGGCUGUAUGGUUGGAUGAGGAAUACAGUGAUUGAUUGGCGAUUGCCGCCGGUGGUGGUGGUGAUGGUGGCAGCGAUGAUGCUGGAUAUCUUAUAAACUCUCUCUCUCUCUCUCUCUCUCGAGUCUUCCUCUUCCUCUCUCUGUCGGUCGGCAGAAGGAUUGCGGUCUCUGUUUGUUUCUCUCUCUCUCUCAUGGUUGAGGGGAAAGAAGGAAUGUCAUCAGCAGCCGAAACCCAGUCUGUUGCUUGAUGAAUUGGGCAAUCACCAAUCAAUCUGGGGAAUGGGCGGGUUCGAGUUUACAUUCAAUCCGAACAGCUUUCAAGUCCUCUCUAAUUCCCUCCAGAGUUUGCUUGAGAGCGCGCCUCCCAUCUCUCUGUCUUCCUCUCUUUCCUCUGACCCUCUCUUUCUGUCUUUGUCUCUUGCUGCCUUUGCUCUCUCUCUCUCUCUCUCAUCAAUUGUGUUCCGGUCACGUGCUAGCGUUGUUUUUCUCUGUUUCCUGUUGGAUGAUGAAUGAAUGACCGUCAUUCAUGCGGUGCUUCGUUCCGCGUGGAGAGCUGUGUGCGGGGCUCUGUGUGGGGAGGGAGGGGCCUUGUGCCUUGUUAAGGAACGACGUCUUUCUCAGAUGAUCUCUUCGAUGGACUGUGCAGAAUUUGAUGUGAAUCUUUAGAAGUGUGCGAGUGGGCGUCGAUGGGCACCAGAGGGCACCAGAGUGAAGGUGUGCUGCUCACAGCGGAGGUAGAAUAUGACAGAAUGAUGACGGUCGGAUUGCCGGUGGGGGAGUAGAUUGGCUAAGUAUUUCGAUGUCUUGAGAGAGCCGAUGGUCAGUGGUGUGGAUAGGAAGGUGGAGGUGUGGGGGUGGUGAUAGCGAGUGUGUGUUUUUUGGUAAUUUUAGAUUUCUCCAUACAUCAUUUUUGAUGUUAUCUGGAAUUAUAAUUCGAUAUUGACAUUGAGUUCGGCUCUCGCAUUGUAGGAUAGUCUCUCUUCUGAAGCUUGCCCAGUCCUUUGCCCUACGUCUCUCUCCCCUACUUUGCCUCUCCGAUUUGCCUCAGGUGUUCCUCCGUCGUCUACAUUGUUGUCCAUGCGUCGAGAUACAGUUCCUCCUUGCCCUGAUUGCCCAGAUAUCAUUUCCCCGUCCCUUCUUUGGCCGUGCUCGUCCGUGCGCUCUUUCCCCCACUCGUCGAACCUGCUCUCCUCGCUCCCGCUCGUCUAGCCUCCUCUCCUCGCUCCUCUUUUUCCCUUGCCUACCUCCACUUGCCCGCUCUCUUCUCCCUGCGCCCUGUUCUCCCUUCUCCAUCCUAUCCAAUCUGUUGUUUCGCCGACCGUUCCCUCGUCUCCUGUUCGUCCGUCCUCUUCCGCUCCUCCCCGGCCCGCCCUCGCCCUUCCCACUU